UAGUCGGAUGGUGAGAGAUGAACCGCUUCCUGAAAUUUUCGACUUUUCUCAUCUUGGUCGUUCUUGUGGUUGCAGAAUGUCAGAUGUAAACAAAAUUAUCUUUUAUAAAAUCAAUUCUCAAUAGGAAAAAACAACAAUAAAUUAAAUAAAUUAGGAAAUCAUUAGUAUAGAAAAUUAUGCAAUAUUUUCAUAUUUUCUGUAUAUGCACAGCGUUUCGAAUUCUGGAUCUGGCUCAGGCUCGGACUUAGGUUCGGGGUCUGAUGAUGAUAAAGUCGUAUCUGCAAGAGGAGUUAAUUUACAGAAUCUUGGACGAAUUUUAUCUGAUAGUGGACAACAGAAUAAUCAAAAUCAAGGAGCCGGUGGCGGUAAUAGUCAACCGUCAAACUCCGCUCAAGUUGGAUCAAAUGAAAAUGACGAAACAGAAUUAAACAUACCACAAAAUGCACAAAUUCAACGUUAA